AUGUCGGGAGGCGGGACCAAGCUGUCGGGUGACUGCCAGACGAGACCGCCUUCCAAAAUUGGUGGCAGCAAGACCUCCUCUCUACAGGUACUAAAUUUAUUUGGUGAGAAGCAGGACCUGGGCAGCAUUGCAGUUCACCAAGGCUACGGCCUCAAAUUAGAAGCAAUCAGUGGCACUUUGUACCUCUUCACGACAACCUUGCUGGAUGCGCCCCUCUCCAGAACCCUCUCUUACCAAGACUACAGACACCCUACCACGCGGGCGCAGGGUCUGUCAACCAUGGAUUUCCUCAAGUCGGCCGUGGCCUCCGCCAUGGCCAAAGGGCCGCCGUUCCCUUAUAGCUUCGGUGACAAGGUCGACGUGGACGAGUCCAUCUGGAACUUGUACAAUGGUAUCAAGAAGGAGGACGGCUCUAACUGUAGCAUCUUUUCUUUCGAUGUUACCGCACACAGAGGUCUGCUGCCCCUCGCUCGAAACGGCCUUCGAAAGCUUCGCACCAUCCGCCACCCUGGUGUAAUCAAGGUUCUUGACACGGUAGAGACGGAAACGUAUAUUUAUAUCGCCACCGAGCGAGUUGUCCCAUUGCGAUGGCACGUCCGACGUAAAUCAAUGAGUCCAGAAACAAUAAAAUGGGGUCUCCACGGCAUUGCGCGGACGCUGAAAUUUAUCAACUCUGACGCCUCCUCCAUUCAUGGCUGUAUCAAGGUCGGAUCGGUAUAUACUUCUGAAAGUGGCGAGUGGAAACUAGGCGGCUUCGAAAUCCUCAGCAGUGUUAAGGAGGACGAAUCUACCAUAUAUGUCAAGGUCGUGCAAGGCGGAUGGGAUGUCAUCAAGAAGAACCCUCACUCGGCCGUUGAUGCAUUUAACUAUGGUGUGCUGAUAUACGAGGUUUUCAAUGGUGAUUAUAACGGCCAUGACAGUGCUGGACAAACUCGCAACGUUCCUCCCACAAUGCACUCGAGCUACAAGCGACUCUGCAACGCGAACCCAAAAGCUCGCAUAUCCGUGUCAACGUUCCUUGACCAAGGAAGCCGUCGCGAUAGUUUUUUUGAUACGCCACUCAUCAAACUCACCGAAGACAUUGAUAACCUGGGGAUCAAAUCGGAAGAAGAACGCGAGCAAUUUCUAGAGUACGUGCUCGCUGUCGUUCUGCCAACUCCAAUACUAACAAUCACAAGCGACCUGGAGCAGGUAUCAGAUGACUUUCCAGAGGACUUCUUCAUCAUGAAGGUUCUGCCGGAACUAAUGAAGUCGGUAGAGUUUGGUGGUGGUGGACCCAAGGCUAUCAGCGUCGUGCUCAAGAUUGCCUCGAAACUGUCACAGGACGACUUUGAGACCAAGAUGGUUCCCUUUAUCGUCAGAAUGUUUGGCAACCCCGACCGCGCCAUCCGAGUGUGUCUGCUAGAUAGCCUGCCUCUGAUCAUCGACCAACUACCACAAAAGAUUGUCAAUGACAAAAUCUUUCCCCAAAUCGUCACCGGUUUCGUAGACGCUGCCCCUAUUGUGCGUGAGCAAACGCUCAAGUCAGUCUUGGUAUUAAUCACAAAGCUCUCGGAUCGCACAAUCAAUGGCGAAUUGCUCAAACAUCUUGCCAAGGCUGCCAACGACGAACAACCGGGGAUUCGUACCAACACGACGAUUUGUCUAGGGAAAAUUGCAAAGCACCUGGGACCCGGUUCGAGAUCCAAGGUCCUCAUUGCCGCAUUUACACGAUCGAUGCGAGACCCGUUCGUUCAUGCCCGUAAUGCCGCAUUGAUGUCAUUAGCAGCAACAUUGGAGUAUUUUACAGAGGAAGACUGCGCAACGCGCAUCUUGCCUGUGCUCUGCCCGUUGCUCAUGGACAAGGAGAAACUCGUACGUGACCAGGCAAGUCGUGCGAUGGACACAUACGUCGCCAAGAUCAAAAAGGCAACCGCAAACAUGCCAGACUCGGUACUACCGCCGACACAGAUUGGAGACGGCCAGGCCGCUCGCAUGAGUACCCCUCAACCCACUGCCGGCUCGCAGGGCUGGACCGGUUGGGCCAUUUCGUCCUUUACCAACAAGAUGUCAACAGCAGCGGGAGAGAUGCAAACGACCAAUGGGUCGGCGCCCUCCCCUAAAGCGCCAUCUUCGCCCGCCGCAGAUGGGUGCAAGCCGACAUCCUCUGCAUCGACGCUGCACAGACAGGUGCUCGCAUCGCCACCCGCUUCCACCGCGGCUCCGUCCCCCACUCCCAGUGCCGUGGCGGAAGAAUUAUACGGUGACGACGAUGCCGGCGGCUGGGGUGACAUGGACGACGUGGACGACGACGCCGGUUGGGGCGAGGCCGCGAGCCAGCCGGCCGCAAAGUCGGCGCCCGCGACGGCAUCGGCGACACCAUUUGACGAGGGGGAGCCUGACUUUGCGGGAUGGCUGGCAGCGCAGUCGCAGAAGAAGCCUGGCGGGAAGGCGCUGCCGAAGGGUUUGGUAAAGGCGGGCUCAGCGGCAAAUAAGGUGCCUGUAAAGCCUGCGGCAAAGGCGAAGCCGGUGGCGGGCUCAGCGGCAAAGAAGGUGCCUGUGAAGCCUACGGCAAAGGCGAAGCCGGUGGCGGCCAAGAAGAUUGACCUGGCGCCGAAGGCAGAUGACGAUGACGAUGGCUGGGGAGACAGUUGGUAG